UCAUACAUUGUCUCGAGACAGCUGAUCAUCUCUUACAGCGACUGCGGGCGUUUUUCCAGCGCUCGUGCGCGUGCAAGGAGUAACAACACCUCUGCAGCCAAACACUGCUUUCCUCUCGCAGCGCUCGCACGCAUCGCCGCGUCUCGACCGCUCGUAGGGCUGCGCUGCAACGCCGCCGCCGCGAUACGCCAGUCGCCGCGUCGACCAGAUGGCGUCCGUGGAUAGCAACGACCUCUUCCCCGUGCGCACGAUCAACUUUUUGGGCCGCGACGUGCCGACGCUCGGCCAGAACGAGUUCGGCCCCUGCGCGCUCUUAGGUGUCGUGAACGCGUUGCUGCUGCGCGGGACCCUGAAGAUAAGUUCCGACCACGGCGCGCUGACGCUGCAGGACGUGCUCGCGCGCCUCGCGGAUCGGAUGAUGGAGGCGAACCAGCGCGCCCAGGAGAGCUCGGACGAGGCGUCGCUGAACGUGCGCGCCGCGUUAGAUGGGGCCGUGACGCGCCUGCCGACGCUGGCGGAAGGGCUUGAUGUCAAUGUAAAGUUCAACGGCGGUUUUGAGUUCACGAGCGAUCUGGCCAUCUUCGAUUUACUAGAUGUGAGAUUGGUCCACGGCUGGCGGGUGGAUGGAGAGAACGAUCCCGAGACGGCCGAAGCAUUGGGUUCCCGGAGCUACAACGAGUGCAUCCAGGAGGUUGUACAGUUGCGGACGGACGAGCUCGAGGGCGCCGCGAAGCAACGGGCGGAGCUCGUGAGCGCGUUCCUCGAGCGCACCAAAACCCAACUCACCUACGCCGGCCUCGCGGAGAUCCAUUCCACGUUACGCGAGAACGAGGUCGGCGUGUUGUAUAGAAACCUGCACUUUUCGACGGUGUUCAAGCGCGACGGCGUGCUCUAUGCUCUAGUGACGGACAUCGGCUGUCGGCGGCCGGCGUCCUUCUUUACUCGGGCAUCGCGGCGAUGGCGUGCCCUCACGCGACCCCCCGCGCAGACCGCCAGCAGAAGAACAUCAUCUGGGAGCGCCUCGACGACGUCGGCGGCGACACGGACUUCUGCGACGCGACGUUCAAACCCGCGGCGCCGACGAGCAGCGAGGACCCCGACCAUUUGUUAGCGUUGCAGCUCGCGCGCGACGACGAGGCCGCGCGCGAGCGGGCGUCGGCGCCGCUACCGACCGCGGCCGCGACGGAGGUGACGCCGGCCAGCGCGCCAGGCGCGGCCACGGCGGACGCCGACGCGGCCCUCGCGCGGCAACUCCAGCGCGCGGAGGCGGACGCUGACGCUGCUUUGGCCAGACAGCUCCAGGCCGAGGAGGACGCGGCCGCGCGGAGCCGGCCGCCGCCGCCGCCGGCCGCCGCCCAGGCGCGGCCGCGGCGUCGACCGCCGAAGAAGUCGUCGUCGCAAUGCGUCGUGGCGUAAUCGUACUACUGUGUAGAGUAUAUGUUGU